UAAGGAUAAUAACAUUAAAACGCUUGAUUUAAGAAAUAUUUCUAUCCAGCAAUUUGAAAUUAUUAUCAGAUAUAUCUACGGAGGAGUAGUCCAACUUGAAAACUAUAAUGCAUCAUUUAUUUUUGAGCUUAUGAUUAUUGCUUAUGAACUUCUUUUUGAAGAAUUAGCUAAAUAUCUUGAAACUUAUUUAAUUGAAGUGGAAGCUCAAAAUGAUAUUAUUGAUAAUGUGCAACCAUAUCAACAAAUUCUUGAAAAAAAUCUAUGGAAUGGUAUAAUAAAAAGAUACUUAUCUCCAAAUCGAUCGGUAUUAUCAGAAAUUCCUCCACUUCAUAUUGCUUUAACAUCAACAUUGCCGAAUAGAAUCACUGAACCAUUUUCGACAGUUAUAAAUGAAGCUCAUGUAGCAGAAAUUAGUUCAUGGGUUGAUAAAAGAACUAAUCCAUAUUCU